CAACUUUUAAUUUUCAUAACUAGCAUCUAAUUAAUUAUUAAUUUUAGUGUGCUAAAAUACCCUUUAUAUGAUUUUAUAUUUUACUGCCCCAUCACGUCCAACUGUCCUUCGCCAGCCAUCGAUCACAAAAUGCUGAUGUUAGUGGCCCACCGUCACUUCGUUAAUGUUCGAGAAACAAUUGACUCUUACUCAAUCGCUGCAUCACCGAACGAAGGACUUCUACGGGGUGCAUCUAGCAUUUCUUUUUCAACGUACGACACUACUAAUAAAAGACAUGUGGACUCCGAGGAGGAGGGAAAAUUGAUAUGUGACGCUACAAAACCCAACCAGAACGGCUUUGGAGAUGGCCUAAUCUCAUCAAAACAUUCAUCUUCCUUCGAAAAGGCCUCUUUGAACACUAAAGGAGAUGGGCUUCCUAUUAGACAUGGGUGUAGCAUGACACAAACUGUUUUCAAUGGUGUCAAUGUGAUGGUCGGUGUGGGUCUCCUUUCUACUCCUUCAACUAUCAAAGAAGCUGGCUGGGCUAGCAUGGCAGUUUUGGUCAUAUUUGCUGUCAUUUGUUGCUACACAGCUUCUCUUAUGAGGCACUGUUUAGAAAGCAAAAAUGGCAUGAUCACAACUUACCCUGAAAUGGGUGAGGCCGCAUUCGGAAGAUAUGGUCGCAUUAUCUCAUCUACAUACUGUGUGGAGUGUAUCAUAUUGGAGGGGGACAACCUAACAUCGUUGUUUCCCAGAGCUUCCUUAAACUGGAACAGUUUGCGUCUUGAUUCUACCCAUUUGUUUGGAAUCCUCACCGCUCUAAUAGUUCUACCCACUCUUUAUCAGAGGGAUGCUCGGUUAACAUCAUAUCUUUCAGUGUGCGGCGUUGUUACAACGAUAGCCAUUGUGGUUUCGGUAGCUAUACUCAGUGCAACAGGUGGAAGGGGAACACCCCAAAGAGGCCAAUUGGUAAACUGGAGUGGCAUUCCAUUUGCCAUUGGUGUGUAUGGGUUCUGCUAUGCUGGUCAUUCUGUCUUCCCCAAUAUCUACCAAUCAAUGGCAGAUAAGAAGAAAUUCCCCAAGGCAAUGGUCAUAUGCUUUAUUCUGUGUGUUACAUUGUACGGGAGUGUGGCGGUUAUGGGGUAUCUUAUGUAUGGUCAGAGCACGUUAUCGCAGAUCACUCUGAAUAUGCCGCCUGAUUCCGUUGCUUCAAAGAUUGCAGUGUGGACAACGGUUAUAAACCCAUUCACAAAAUAUGCACUGGUGAUGAACCCACUGGCUAGAGCCAUGGAGGAGUUGCUGCCUAAGAGAGUGUCCAGUAGUGUGUGUUGUUUUAUCCUACUAAGGGCACUUCUUCUCAUUUCCACUGUUUGUGUGGCAUUCCUUCUUCCUUUCUUUGGCCUUGUGAUGGCUUUAAUUGGCUCCCUUCUCAGCAUACUAUUGGCAAUUAUAAUGCCAACUGUGUGUUAUUUGAAGAUCAUGGGCAGGGAAGUCACAAGAAAACAGAUGGCUGCAAGUGUGGGAGUUGUGAUUGUAGGGGUGAUAAGUGCAGCUCUGGGGACGCACUCUUCGGUCUCAAGAAUCGCAAACCAAUAUUGAACAAUGAGUUUUUUUCUAGAUCAACCACUUCUUAUGAUGGUGGAGAUGUACAAGUGCAUAACUUUGUAGUAAACUUUAUGUUCUUCA